AUGAAAGCUUUCUUGGUUGCAGACAGUAUUUUUGGUCAGCAAAUAAUAUCGCUCAUUCAUGAUAUUCCUCAACUUGAUGCCAUUUGGAUCUUAUGUAGAAAUAAAUCUCAACAUGAGGAAUGGACGAGAAAAUGGCUCAAAAUCAAGGGUGUGUAUACAGAAAUAAAGCCCAUCUGCAAAGCAUUACAACUGGCAGCAAAACAAUGCAAUAACGAUUCUAUUGCCAUGAGUUUUAUUUCAGUAGACGAGGUGGUAUCCAGUGAAAAUCUGAAUCAACUGGAACCAUCAUUCAUGUACACCCAGAUAUUUAAAGAAAUUUUCCUUGAAAUGAAAUAUGAUGCACAAGCCAUCAAAACUUUAGCAGGUUACUGGCGUGAACUUUACAACGGCAAUAUGAACCAGCUAAACAUUAUUAAUGAAUUUAAACGUAAUUAUCGUCCGGAAAGGUCCAUCUGGUGGUAUACACGUGAAUGUUUUACCUAUGAAAUACUAAAUCGAGCACUUCGUAAUUUGGAAGGGGAUACCAUUAUUAAUAUGGGCUUCUUCAUUCAUGAUUUACAUCGACAAAUUGAACAAUUACACAAAGAACAGGUCAGUAGUUAUUGUGGGAAGUCCUUCGUAGUUUAUCGGGGACAAACUUUACUGACUGUGGCUUAUGAAAAACUCCGAAAGACAAGAGGUGGGCUAGUGUCCUUUAACAACUUCUUGUCCACCAGUAAAAGUCGAGAAGUUUCUCUCGUCUUUGCUGAAAGUACCUUAGGAAAGACUGAUACAGUUGGUAUUCUCUUUCAAAUAACCAUUGAUCCCUCCGUCACGUCAACUCUAUUCGCUGACAUUCAGAGUGUUAGUUAUUUUGAAAUAGAAGAAGAAAUUCUCUUCUCUAUGCACGCGGUGUUUCGCAUUGGUGAAAUUACCAGGAUUGACGACGACAACCCACUUUAUCAAGUGGCUCUUAAACUAACGGCUGAUGACGAUGAACAACUUCGC